UCUUGUUUACUGGCGCAAAGACAGAAAAGGGGAUCCUUAGAGAGUGGAUAUGUCGCUGCACUUGCUAAAGCCAGCGUGGGGACGAACAAAACAUUUUCCCAUUCUUAUUCUUCUAUUUUUUCCGCGGGAGUGUUAAAGACGAGAAAGUGUCCUCUGCUAAAACGGCUCGCUGUGUUGUAUUGAUCUGUGGAGCAACACAACUGCUCGCCAGCAACGCGACGUGGAAAGACUGCAUGUGGAGCUUUUGAGCUGGAAGUGUCGCGGAAAUCUCAACGUUUGUCUUGUUUUAUACACGUUCAGAGCCUGUGCUGUUCACAAGGCUCGCCGUGAAAGGAGGAACAGUACGGAGGAUACACCGCGUGCAGUCCGGUGACCCGUGAACGGCGAAAGCUCGCAGUCAGCAGAGACCUGGAAUAAAUACAAACUGAGAUCUGCCCAGUGCGAACCCUGAGAGUCUUGAACAUUUCGACAUAGCCAUAACUGCAUUUUGUAAUUUUCUAAACGGGUUAUUUUAACGAAAUAACUUUUAUAUCUGAAUAAAACAAUUCAUCGAACACAACAACAGAAAGUCUCUUGUAAACUCUAUUGAUUACUUCGGCCUGCGCUCUGUGUGCGCAGCCAUUCCACAUCGCCAGCUUUUUUAUCCCAUUUUUUUCGCCAGGCCUGGAACAAACUGCGCAAGUACUAGACAAAUACGUUCAAGCGAUCCCAAAAUGAUGCGGCUGCUAAUUUUAAAUUACGCUUUUUUCGUGUGGAUACAGUGAAUGAAAGUCGCGGCCACGCGCUGUCAUUAGCUUAGCGCUCGUGCGCGUGUUCAUAUCAGCAUCAGUCUGUGCGCGCGACAGCAGAGCGGAUUGAACACGUUGAACUUUCCUCUCCGCCCAUUUUUUUUCAGAGGGGUGGGUGGCAGAGUUUUCUUUUCUUUUUAAUUUUUAUCCUUCAUAAAACAACACCGGACUAUUAAAACUGAUCGGUACCCACAAGAAGACGAGUUCGGAGGGGAUUUUGGACCGAUUUUUGGCUUCACCGCGGGUCAAAAUGCGGCUGCGGACUUUGAUUGUUUUGGUUGCGUCUGUCUACACUGUUUGCAACUGUCAACAAACAAAUGGAGAAAUUUGCUCAAGUAAAGACAUCCGAAAUAACGUGACCAACCUGCGGGUGCUGGAGAACUGCACGGUGAUCGAAGGCCACUUAAAGAUCCUGCUCAUGUUCACCACCAAACCUGAGGAUUUCCGUGGCCUGAGUUACCCCAAGCUGACGGUAGUGACGGACUACCUGCUCCUGUUUCGUGUUUACGGCCUGGAGAGCCUCAGUGACCUGUUCCCCAACCUGACAGUGGUGCGAGGCAAUAAUCUGUUCUUCAACUAUGCGCUGGUGUUGUUUGAGAUGCUGCAGCUGAAGGAGAUCGGCCUUCACAGCCUGAUGAACAUCACCCGCGGAGCCGUACGCGUGGAGAAGAACCCCGACCUCUGCUACCUCUCCACCCUCGACUGGUCCAUGAUCCUGGACUCGGUGGAGGACAACUACAUCGUGGCCAAUAAGAAUGAUCGGGAGUGUGGAGACAUCUGCCCCGGCACGGUUCUGGGCAAAACCACAUGCCCCCUCACCACCAUCAACGGCGACUUCAGCGAGCGCUGCUGGAACCAGAAGUACUGCCAAAGAAUGUGUCCAUCCUCAUGCAAGCACCGCGCCUGCACUAAAGACAAUCAGUGCUGCCACGACCAGUGUCUCGGCGGCUGUUUGGAGCCCCACUCGUCCAACAAAUGUGUGGCCUGCCGCAACUUCAUGCACAACAACAUGUGUGUCGAAAAGUGCCCACAUGGUUUCUACACCUUUAAGGGCUGGCGCUGCGUCAGCUUCAACUUUUGCCAGGAGCUCCACAACAAGUGCAAGCAAGGCAAAGGUGACUGCCACGAAUACGUCAUUCACAACGGCGCCUGCAUCCCUGAGUGCCCUUCUGGGUACACCACUGUCAACUCCACUACGUUGAACUGCACCCCUUGUGCUGGCCUCUGUCCCAAAGUGUGCAUGGGGUUGAAGACAGUGGACUCGGUCACCGCGGCGCAGGCUCUGAGAGGAUGCACUGUGAUCAAUGGCAGUUUGGUCAUCAACAUCCGCGGAGGGAAUAACAUAGCCGCUGAGCUAGAAGCUAACCUGGGACAGCUGGAGGAGAUCACUGGUUACCUGACAGUGCGACACUCUUAUGCCCUAGUCUCUCUGUCUUUUCUUCGCAAGCUCAGAAUCAUCCAUGGAGAGACACAAGAAGUCGGGAACUAUUCAUUUUACGCCCUCGAUAACCAGAACUUGCGUCAGCUGUGGGACUGGAGCAAGCACAACCUCACCAUCCAACAGGGUCGCAUGUUUUUCCAUCAUAACUCCAAGCUCUGCAUGUCGGAGAUCCGGAGGAUGGAGGAGGUGACAGGCACCAAAAACAGGCAAACAAAGAAUGACAUCGUCUCAAAAACCAAUGGAGACCAGGCUUCAUGUGAGAGCAAGGUUUUAAAAUUCACCCGGAUUAGCACACUUUCUGACAAGAUCAUCAUAAAAUGGGAAGCUUUCUGGCCACCAGAUUUUCGAGACCUGCUAGGAUUCAUGGUUUUGUACAAAGAAGCACCCUAUAAGAACGUGACUGAGUUUGAUGGUCAGGACGCAUGUGGCUCUAACAGCUGGGUAAUAGCAGAUGUAGACCCUCCACCUCGCGCCACAGAGGGAAAAGAGCACGAGCCCGGGUACCUCAUCUUCCCACUGAAGCCCUGGACGCAGUACGCCAUCAUGGUCAAAACACAGCUCUCCGCUUCUGAUGAACACCAAGUCCACGGAGCAAAGAGUGAAAUCAUAUAUGUCCGCACCAAUGCUACCAAGCCGUCAGUGCCUCUGGACCCCAUAUCCUCAUCAAACUCCUCAUCCCAGAUCAUACUGAAAUGGAAGCCACCAAACGAUCCAAACGGAAACAUCACCCACUACCUGGUCUUUUGCCAGCAACAACCAGAGGCCAGCGAGCUCUACAAGUUUGAUUACUGCCAGAAAGGUAUGAAGCUGCCCACCAGAGCCCCCACACAAGUGGACAACGAAGAGGAGCAGAAGUGGAACCAAACUGAGGAGCAGGGCCCUGAUAGCCGCUGCUGCGCUUGCCCCAAAACAGAGAAACAGCUGAAGAAAGAGGCAGAAGAGACCGAGUAUCGGAAAACCUUUGAGAACUACCUCCAUAAUGAAGUGUUUGAGCUCAGGCCAUCAAGACAGCGCAGAUCUCUGGUGGGCAUUGCUAAUAGGACGUCCUCUCGUCUUUUCACCACACCCUCCUCACUACCCAAUGGCUCUGCCACUCGCAGCCCAGAAGAGGAAGCAGAGGCUAAUAAGAUUUCACUGAUCGUUCAGGCCAAGGAGUCAACAGUCAUCUCCAAUCUACGGCAUUUCACCAGCUACCAGAUAGAAAUCCAUGCAUGCAACCAUGGCAGUGACCCAACUCGAUGCAGUAUGGCGGCCUACGUCAGUGCCCGCACCAUGCCUGAAGAAAAAGCUGAUGACAUUGUGGGAAAGAUCGCUUGUGAGGUGUCUGAGUACUCUGUGCACAUCAGAUGGAUUGAGCCCAAGGCCCCUAACGGCAUGAUUAUUCUCUAUGAAGUCCAUUACAAGAGACUGGGAGAUACAGAGGAGCUGCACCACUGCGUAUCCAGGAAGAAUUAUAUUGCAGAUGGAGGGUGCAAGCUGAGAGUGGUGCAUCCUGGGAACUAUACAGUGCGGAUCAGAGCGACCUCUCUGGCAGGCAAUGGAUCAUGGACAGAGCCAACACACUUCUAUGUGCAGGACCUACGUGUGGACCCAUCCAACGUCCUGAAGAUUGUGAUUGGUCCAGUGAUCUGUUUUUUUCUGCUCCUAUUGUUAUGUGUGGGCUUUUACAUAGUCAAGAAAAAGCAAACAGAAGGUCCGACCGGCCGACUUUACACAUCUCCAAAUCCAGAGUAUUUCAGUCCAGAUGAGGUGUAUGAGCCGGACGAAUGGGAAGUGCCCCGUGAAAAGAUCACUCUAUUGAGAGAGUUGGGCCAGGGAUCUUUCGGUAUGGUUUAUGAGGGCAAUGGAAAGGACAUAGUGAAAGGAGAGCCGCAGACGCGUGUGGCGGUGAAGACGGUUAAUGAGUCUGCCAGUCUCAGAGAGAGGAUUGAGUUCCUCAAUGAAGCUUCUGUCAUGAAGGCCUUCAGCUGCCACCAUGUGGUGAGGCUUCUGGGAGUGGUGUCUAAAGGCCAGCCAACUCUGGUGGUGAUGGAGCUCAUGACACACGGAGAUCUGAAGAGUUUCCUGCGCUCUCUCAGACCUGACUCAGAGAAUAACCCAGGCCGGCCUCCUCCGACGCUGAAGGAGAUGAUUCAGAUAGCCGCAGAGAUAGCAGAUGGCAUGGCUUACCUCAAUGCCAAAAAGUUUGUGCACAGAGAUCUUGCUGCCAGGAACUGCAUGGUGGCUGAAGAUCUGACCGUAAAAAUUGGAGAUUUUGGCAUGACGAGAGAUAUUUAUGAGACGGAUUACUAUAGAAAGGGUGGGAAGGGUCUUCUUCCAGUGAGAUGGAUGGCACCAGAGUCACUGAAGGAUGGUGUUUUCACAGCUCACUCAGACUGCUGGUCGUUUGGUGUGGUGUUAUGGGAGGUCAGCACUCUGGCUGAACAGCCGUAUCAAGGCCUGUCCAAUGAACAGGUCCUUAAAUUUGUGAUGGAGGGAGGAUAUCUGGACAGACCAGACAACUGCGCAGACCGAUUACAUAACCUGAUGCAGAUGUGCUGGCAUUAUAAUCCCAAAAUGCGGCCCACCUUCCAGGAGAUCAUCGAGAUGCUCCGUGAAGAUCUGCAUCCCUCGUUUCAGGAGGUCUCCUUCUUCUACAGCGAGGAGAACAAGCCACCGGAAACGGAGGAGUUCGACAUGGACCUGGAGAACAUGGAGAGCAUCCCGCUGGACCCGUCCUCGUACUCACAGAGGGAGUGCUGUCUAGACGGGGAUGAGGGCUCCUCUGUGGGCCUUCGGGGCAGUUAUGAGGAGCAUGUGCCAUACACGCAUAUGAACGGCGGCAAGAAAAACGGACGCAUCUUAUCUCUACCCCGAUCCACCCCUUCUUAAUAUCACUAACCCCAUUAAGCUAUAUUAGUUUUUUUUUUGUUUUUUUUUUGUCGUCAUUUUAUAGAUUUACUUUUUAUCGAGCUCUAUAUCAGAAGCACUUCAGAAAGUAAUCUCAGGACAUUUGUUUUCUUCUUUACUGCCUCUGUACGAUGAUGAUGCAAGGAGCAGGCUUUUUUUUUGGAUUUUUUUUUAUAUUUAAAGAAGAAAAUACACAUCAACUGCUUCUUUUCUGACUUUUUUUUAAAUAUUGCCAAGUUUUAAGAACUGGUCAAAUGGAACAAACUGUGAAAUGAACCUCAACAACCCGAAGGCUGCUUUAAACCUUACAUCUCCUCAGACUCUCCCCUCAUCCGCCAGCGGAUUCUCCUCAGAUCUCCCCAGAAAAGACAGAAUGUUUAUGAAGCAUAUGAGGGGGAAAAAGUGACCUUACCCUGUUUGUGGCCUGUGUCAUGACUAACGUGGAGUUGUGUCUGAAUCUGUCCACCUUUGGUAAUGGUUUUGGCAAACCUGUUGAACUUGGGAACUGUAAGGAUGACUUUUCUCAUCCAUCCAAGAACAAACUGUGCACAGGUGAAGCCUGUAAAAGACACUGCUUUUCUACCUGCUACUCAGUAUUCCAGACUACACAGAGAACGAACAGAUUUUUGGACUCUAUUUUUUUAUUUAUUUGCGUACCUGUGCUCCUCCUCCUCUUGUCCCCCGUCCUCCUGGUGUUCACACAUUUACAGCUGAAGGAUAUUUAAACUGUUUUCAGGACUUUGGACUAAGAGAGUUCUUCAGAUUGACCAAUAGUUGCUGCUUUGAUAUAUUUUAGUGGGUAUAGAUGAUGACAAACAAAGUAUAUAUAAAUAUAUUAUUGAUGUUUUUUUGUACAUAGAUGACCUGUCGUCAUUUGAGAGCUCUUGCCCGGUUGUAGAAAUGUUUUUACAUGUUUGUCUCGAAUCUUUAUUUUUUUCUAAUUGAAAAUCGUACUAAUCAUUCUGGACCUCUGAUCAGCCCAGCAGCUCCAGAUGCACAGGAGUGUCGAGACACUUUCGGCUCUCGUGGCCAAUCUUGAUAUCAAUGGAAAUAACUGCUGUAAAUAAAGCAGUGAGGUGCAUUCAAGAA